AUGAUAAGCGAACGUGUAGAAUAUCUUUUUGAAUUUUUAGAAUCUAUGAGUGAUAUCGAAUUACAAAGAGAAAUGAAAAGAAUAGAUAAAGAUUCAAGUAAACUAAAAAGGAGCAAAAUGAUUGCAACAUUAAAAGAUCAUUAUCGAGAUGAAUUAAUUGAAUUAAGAAGAAAAUAUUCUACAAAAAAAUUUUAUAAUUAUUUUAUUGUGAUUGAUUUUGAAUGUAGCUGUGAAGAAAAUAAUUACGAUUUUGAACAUGAAAUAAUUGAAUUCCCUGCUGUCCUGAUUAGCGUGCAAUCUUGUAAAAUUGAUUUCCAUAUUAAAUUCUCAUUUGAAGGAAUAACACAAGAAAACGUCGAUAAAGCUCCAACAUUCCCUAUAGCUUUGCAACUAUUUCGAGGUUGGAUGGCAAAACAUGGACUAGAUGGUAAACGAAAUAUGGGAAAUGCAAGACGAUUUUGUUAUGUUACAGACGGGCCCUGGGAUAUUGGAAAGUUUUUUCAAAUGGAGUGUUUACGUUCAAACCAAUCAAUUCCACACGAUUUUCGGUGUUUUUUGAAUAUCCGGCGUUCAUUUGUAAAUUUUUAUACUAUGCAGUCACAGCCUCAACGAUACCAUUGUGAUGGAAAUUCUGUCCAUGUAGUGGAGGAAACAACAACAAAAGAAAAAUUAUUUCCAAAUGGAAUAUCUUUAAAUAUAAUGUUAAAACAUUUAAAUAUACAAUUUACUGGAAGAGAACAUUGUGGAAUGGAUGAUGCUUUAAAUAUUGCUUUUAUUUUAAUUAAAUUAUUAGAAGAAAAUGCUGAACUUAGAGUAAACGAAAAACUUGUAAGAGGAAAAGAUGUAAGAGACUGGCAAAAACUUGUCUUCAAUGAAAAAACAAAAGCACCUAGUUGUAUAGCCUCUGUAUCUUCAAUAGAAAACGAUGGUGAUAGAAAAGAAGAAGAUUCGAAAAAAGAUCCAAAAACAAAAGAAGAAAAAGAUGAAAAUAAUGGAAACGUGCAAGUUUUUGUUUGGAAGAAAUGGUGGGAUGAAAUGCCUUAUAAAUUAGUGAGAAUAACUAGAUAUGAAUUUUUGGGUGAUCGACAUUUAGAAUGUGAAUCAUGUGAUGAAGAAGAUAACUAG